GUCCAUUCGUCAUACAGAGUCAGGUGGUACAAGGGCAAGGGCUCGUUGUCCACAGGGGUAUCCGGCAAACUCGAAGCUUAUAUGAACUAUCCAAUCACAUGAAAUGUCGUCAGUUAGGCUCAUUUCUUUCGCUAUUUAAUCCUGCAAGUCCACUUUACCGGGCGUCUCGAGAGAUAACCGGUCUACAUAGGUGUGCUGCGACGGUUUAGCCUGCAACGACGACCUUCUUCUGCGCCUUUCUCUACAAGUUUGACGUAUAAGGACCUAAGGAGCUCUUUGAAUUCACCAAUGGCGACACUAGAGCCCAUUCCGAACGUGACCAAGCUCAGUGAUAGGGUCAUUAGAGUGUUGGGUCAGAACCCGGGCAAGUUCACGUUACAAGGCACCAACACCUACCUGAUUGGCACCUCCAACCCCUACAUCCUUAUCGACACCGCAGAGGGCCGAGACGAAUACAUACCCGUCCUCGAGGCUGCUUUGAACAACGAAGCCAAACCCACCGACCCGUCUUUACCAGACGUCUCAGAUAUCAUCAUUUCGCACUGGCACCACGACCACAUUGGGGGCAUUCCAGCUGUUCUUGAGUUACUGCAGAAACGGUGGGCUUCCAGAAAUCCUUCGACACCUUUCCCGGCACCUCGUCUCCACAAAUACCCACUUUCGUCCUCGGAUAUCCCGACUGAGCAGAAGAAAUGGGAUUACCUACCCAAGAUCCUCAACGGGCUGUCCAAAGAGUUAUAUACCCCUUCACCAUCCGGUUCCAUCCUUCACGACCUCCACGACGGACAGAUUAUCAAGGGGAACUCAGCCUCCCUCCGGGUCCUUCACACACCAGGGCAUACUCUCGAUUCUAUCUCUAUUUACAUCCCUGAAGACCGCGCCUUGUACACCGCGGAUACAGUUCUGGGCCAAGGCACCAGCGUGUUCGACGACUUGGGGUUGUACCUCAACAGUUUGAACCGGAUGCUCUCUUUCACCAUCGACCCUCCCGACUCCCAGCCUGCUGCGGACGGCGACACCAUCAACGUGGCCCAGGUGGUGCUGUACCCCUCCCAUGGACCGAUGGUGGCCAAUGGAAAGGAAACCAUUUCAAUGUACAUCAAACAUCGGUUGGAUAGGGAGGCACAGGUUGUGCAGUUGCUUGCGGGUCCUCCACAGGGCGAAGAGGCUUGGUCGACGUGGGGUAUCGUCAAGACGCUCUACAAGUCUUACCCGGAAAAUUUGUGGGAACCGGCGAUGCGGGGUAUCGACCUUCAUUUGAGGAAGCUGCAGGAGGAGAAGAGGAUCAGGAAGUUGGACGGAGAGGGUAAGACUUCGACUUGGUCGCUGGUGUCGAGGACGCCUUCGCCCAGUCUGUAA